CAGGGGACACUAUAUAUACGAGCAGCGGUCACAUUACGCAGGGGACGGACACCUUACCACGCUGUCAGUUGCUGCGGCUCGGGUAGGUCGGUCGCAGUAGCAGGCCGUUGAGGAGCUGGUGGAUUCCCUCGCUUUGCUACUUCUUGUCUCCACUUCCGAAACAGAUAAGCACAUCUUAGCAUCAUGUGUGACGACGACACCACCGCGCUGGUCUGCGACAAUGGCUCCGGCCUCUGCAAAGCUGGCUUCGCCGGCGACGACGCUCCCCGAGCUGUCUUCCCCUCCAUCGUCGGCCGCCCUCGUCACCAGGGUGUGAUGGUCGGCAUGGGUCAGAAGGACGCCUAUGUCGGAGACGAGGCCCAGAGCAAGCGAGGUAUCCUGACUCUCAAAUACCCCAUCGAGCACGGCAUCAUCACCAACUGGGACGACAUGGAGAAGGUCUGGCACCACACCUUCUACAACGAGCUCCGCGUUGCCCCUGAAGAGUCCCCAACACUGCUGACGGAGGCUCCCCUCAACCCAAAGGCCAAUCGUGAGAAGAUGACCCAAAUUAUGUUCGAGACAUUCAGCUGCCCUGCCAUGUACGUGGCCAUCCAAGCCGUGCUGUCCCUGUACGCCUCUGGCCGUACCACUGGUAUCGUACUGGACUCUGGCGACGGUGUAUCACACACUGUCCCCAUCUAUGAAGGCUAUGCUCUACCACACGCCAUCAUGCGUCUGGACCUGGCUGGCCGUGACCUGACUGCAUAUCUGAUGAAGAUCAUGACAGAGCGAGGCUACUCCUUCACCACUACUGCCGAACGUGAAAUAGUUCGUGACGUCAAGGAAAAGUUGUGCUAUGUUGCACUGGACUUCGAGAAUGAAAUGGCACAAGCCGCUGCCUCAACGUCGCUGGAGAAGUCCUACGAGUUACCAGACGGUCAGAUCAUUACCAUUGGCAACGAACGAUUCCGUGCUCCUGAAUCUAUGUUCCAGCCGUCUUUCCUGGGUAUGGAAUCAUGUGGCGUACAUGAGACUGUCUACAACUCUAUCAUGAAGUGUGAUGUGGACAUCAGGAAGGACCUUUACGCUAACACCGUCAUGUCUGGCGGAACCACCAUGUACCCUGGUAUUGCUGACCGCAUGCAGAAGGAAAUCACCACUCUGGCGCCCUCCACCAUCAAGAUCAAGAUCAUUGCUCCUCCUGAGCGCAAGUACUCCGUCUGGAUCGGUGGCUCCAUCCUUGCCUCUCUGUCCACCUUCCAGACCAUGUGGAUCACCAAGGAAGAAUAUGAAGAGUCUGGCCCUGGAAUUGUGCACCGAAAAUGUUUUUAAUUUAUACUUGAAAGUCUUUUGGUCCAUAUAAUAUACUGACUAAUGAAC